CAGUCUCCUUUUGCUCUGUACUGACAACGUAUUACCAACUGCAUGAGUAUAGGACACACGGACUACCACAGCCGAUUAAUCAUUUCUUCUUUAAAACAUCUGAAAAUCGUUUGAAACUUCGGUUUCUGUCACUCAUGCAACGAAAACCUGCAGUGGAAGCCGUGGUGGAGUUUGACUAUGAGGCUCAGCAGGACGAUGAGUUGAGCCUGACGGCGGGUGACAUCAUCGUGAACAUACGGCGGGAUGAAGGAGGAUGGUGGGAAGGCGAGCUGGGUGGACGCAGGGGGCUGUUCCCCGAUAACUUUGUCAGGGAGAUAAAGAAGGAGGGGAAGAGGGAUGGAGGACAGGCAAGCACAAUCAGACCUGACCUCGCCAACGGCAGUGCUAGCCCCGUGCUGGACUCCACCGUACGACCAGGCAGGAAAGGAGAGCAGAUCCGUAAACGAAGAUGUAAGGCUGCGUUUAGCUACGUUCCUCAACACGAAGAUGAGCUGGAGCUGAAAAUAGGAGAUGUGAUUGAGAUCAUAUCAGAGGUAGAGGAGGGCUGGUGGGAGGGAGUUCUUAAUGGGAAGACUGGCAUGUUUCCCUCCAACUUCACCAAAGAGAUCCUCACUGAUUCAGAGACGCCCUCUUUGGACUCACAGGAGGAGAACCGCAGUGGACGCACAAAUAAGGACAGCCCAAGCAGUGAAAGUGACGGUGGGGACAGUCGGUCAGAAACAGGGUCAGAAAUACCUCCCAAGAAGGGUCAGCUCAGAGGGUUUGGGUUUGGUAAUAUCUUUAAAGACCAGCCCAUCAAGCUCAGGCCUCGCUCAAUGGACAUGGACUUGGAGGGGGACAAGGUCAGCGACGGGAAAGCAGCAAGCGUUGCAGUUGAAAGCAUGAAGACUGAGCCUGACAGCAAAACCAAAGGGCGGGAGCAGUGUAAAGUCCUCUUUCCAUACGAAGCACAAAAUGAAGACGAGCUCACUAUCAAAGAGGGGGACAUCAUAAACAUCAUCACUAAGGAUUGUGCCGAUGCAGGCUGGUGGAAGGGGGAGAUCGGGGGAAGGCAAGGUGUCUUUCCAGACAACUUUGUCAAGCUGCUAGAAGUUGAGAAAGAGAGACCAAAGAAACCGCCCCCUCCAAGUGCACCGUCGGCAAAACACACCACAGAGAAAAAGUCAGAGGUCAGGAAGGCUCCUCCUGAGCGGCCUGAACAUCUUCCCCAGAGAGACCAGGAUCGAGGUGAAGAGGUGAAACUCGGAGACAUCUCUAAGCCCACCCUCCCAUCUCUCCUUCCCAAAAAACCCCUCCUUCCAAAGUCAAGCGCCUCCUCUUCCUCCCAACCCCCGCGGCGUCCCGAGAGACCGCCCACACUAGCGUGUGAUAGCCCCAAAUCUGAGGGCGGGGCUUCGACACCAGAUUCUGCCCCUGACAGGUCACAUGACACCGAUAUGGAUCUGGACGCAAUUGUCUCUUCUACGGAGAAGCUGAGUCAUCCAACGGCAUCGCGGCCACGAGUCACGGACCGCCGGCCCCGCUCACAGAUCAUCACACCAUCUUCUCUGUCCAGCACUGACCUGGACUCACCGAUAGUGGAGGUCAGGAAGGACAAGGAGCGAGGGAAGGACGAUCAUGAGUCUGUCUCCACCAGAUCGGUAGAUGUUUCCCUGAGGAAAGGAGUACACACCAUCUCUGCUCCUGACAGUAAAGUACCACUGCCUGCCAAGCCCUCUAUCCUGAACCCGCCAAACUCCAGCCAUCGAUCCGCCUCUCCGUCUUCCUCCUCGGGUCUGAGUCCCUCGCCCGAGCUCCGGCACUCACCACAAACACCCCUAACUCUGGAGGAACUCAGGAACCAGCUGAGAGACCUGAGGGCCUCCAUAGACCUGCUGAAGAGCCAACAUAGGCAGGAGAUGAAGCAGCUGGCCACCGCACUAGAUGAGGAGAGGACGAUUCGUAUUAAUUUACAGAUGGAGGUAGAACACAUUAAGAAGAGCCUUUCGAAAUGAAGACUAAAGCAUCCUUAUUGUCACACUCUUAUCACCACAUUGGAGGCCAUCCUUUGAAGACAUUCUCACUGCUGGCCUGAGACACUUCAGCCAAAAGAAGUUUGUGCCAAAUGAUCAUCACAAUCAGCAACAGUUCAGCACCAUGGAGUCAGCCACCUUCUCUCCCCGACGCCGCCUUAUCCUGUGUUUACUUCUUUAUUUUUCUUCUAAAGAGGCUUCUCUGUUCAGUUUACUGCUAUUUUGUCGGAGCUUGCUGUACCACCGGUACUGACUGACUGCGCUGCAGUCUGUCGUUGCGUGUUGCCACGGUUACAGAACAAUGACACAGAGCCGGGGCUACCGUGGCAACCUCACUGGUACUUCGUAUUUCUGUGUGAAAGAAACUUUGACCUCUGUAGCCCGGUCGGUUCAGACGACCCCUGUGCUGUUCUGCGUCCACUCUGCGGCCUUCGCCUCUUAUCUGUGUGUGUGUGUGUGUAUGUUUGUGCGCUUGUUUUCCUUCCAUGUGAGGACUGUAGGUGUACAUACUGAAAAUGGGGACACUUUUGCAAAUGUAAAUUAGCCGCAUUUGCCCUGCAUUAACUUUCUUGAGAUGUAGUUACCAGGUUUUUAGUGGGUAAAACAGGAGAUUCAGGGAGUCAGUCAAAAAGAAAAGUGGGCUCUUUCUGUGAGAAGUGAUGUUACUAGUUCAAGACAGCCCUUGACUGGAAACAGAUGAAUUAUCUAAUGACUUACAAAGUUUUUUUCAUUUAUUAAAAUUAUUACGUGCCAGCGACACAAUUUCCCAGGACAACAUUCAGGUGUGGCAAACCACCUUGAGCAUCAGGUCAAAUAGGGCAUUUUGCAGCUACCAGUUUUUAAAAUGGGCCACACACGUUUUUUUUCUUUCACAUCUUUAAAGCAUCAGCAACUACAGAACAAAUCCUGAAUCAGGGGUGCCAACAGUGAUGUCCCUACAGCUAGUCAUCUACAAGGUUUCAACUGGGCUGGGUAACCAUGAGACUUUAGUUCCCUUGAACGUUUGUAGUGUUUUUGGUGGAAAUGCAGCGAUUGUUGCAUUUACAGGAUCUUUACUUCUUUAAGGAUCAUAUAAAGAAGAUAUAUAUCUACUUGUACAUCUUUGCAGGAUUUACUUAAACUGUUUUAAUCAUGAUUGUAGUCAGGGCCUCUUUUCCAGUGAGCCCACGCUAUCACUGGUCAGCCUCCAGAAGCUGCUAGGGAGCCUGAGACCGUUUUCCUUUUUCUUUGUUUGUUUGUUUUCUCUAAAACGGUUGGUAGCAUUGUAAAUGGUGAAUAAAACACACCGUCAUAACAAUAUCUAAAUAACAGUAAACCACAUGUGUGCCCUUAAAGGUUAUCAUUUGGAUUAAGGAAUAAAUUGCGAUAAAAAUUAAUGCUCAGGGCAUCUAAGGUAGACUCCAGGUGAGUAAAUCUGAUGCCUCUGCUAUUCUCAGUAGCAGCAUUCUCCCUUAACCACAGAUGUUACGUCUGUGUUUUCAAUCUGCAGUCAGAUAUUACACCUCUGGGUGGUUGAACCUGGAAGCACAUCAGGAUACUGAAAAGCUUAAUCAAAGUAGCUGGCACGAUAAGUGCUGAUACUGUAGGUGCUAUUUAAAGGAGUUUCUGGACUUUGGGGGGAAAACAUAUAAGCAGAUGUCAGCAGCAGGUUAGCUUAACUAAGCAUAAACACUAGAAAUUAGAGAAAAAAUGCUAGCUUGCCAUUGUACAACAGAAACAAAUGUGGAUAUACUAAGGUUUUUAGAGGUUAUGGAAGCACAGUAAAAUCACAAACACCGAAAACUUCCAGACAUUACACCUGUUUUAGCACAUACUUAAACAACGUAUGCCUAAUUAACUUUUGACAUGCCUUAUUUGCUAUGCACCAUUUAUUUUAUCCACAACUAUCUUUAAUUUCCAUGCCAUCAAACAUCACUUUCAUUUCGAAGUUCAUGCCAUAUGUGUUUUCAUAUAAUCGUGAAAUUGUUGUUACACAACUAUUAUAAAUACUGUCAUCCUUCCUGUGGACAGCUGUUUGCAUGCUUUUGGUGCCAGACUGAAGAACAUUGGAAAAGAUGAUGGCAGAGUGUAGCAAAUUUGCUAAUGUCCUGUUUACAUCUCUGGCUUGUCACAAAACUGAAAUGGGCUGACUUUGCUUAUGGUCAAAAACUAGCAAGUAAGCAACUUUUUCAAAUUAUGUUUUUGUUACGAAUAAGUCACACUAUAUGAUAAAUUAUCAUCCUCAAGAGGUGCUUUGAUGCAGGAUUUGUUAUCUUCGGAAAGAGGGCAGCUUUACCUCUUCAUUUCCAGUUCUUAUGUUAACAGGCUAACUAUCUUCUGCCUCCAGGUUUAUUUUUACUGUACAGGCAUGACAGUGGAAUGAAUCUUUCCAUCUUGCACUCAUUCAAAAUGCAACAAAAGCACAUUAACCCCAGAUGGAAAAUUAUUCAUGCACUGUAGUGUUUGGCUGCAAAUUGCAUUUUUAUCUGAAGAGAAAACACACAGAGAUCCACUUUUUGUGAUUUCCUUUCCAGGAUGAUUGAGCAUGCAUCAAGACACAUAGAGACACAUCUGUAUGACAUUUAUCAAGUUAAACUCAAUGCCUUCUCGACAUAGACCCAUUACCAUUUAAUCUUUUUUUUUCUUGUUCAGUUUCACUCACAUCUCCAGAAAGCUGACAAAACUAUUGUGCCGGUGGCAUCUCACUCCUAAAAACCAAACUGAGAGCCACGUGCUUCUCGUGUUUGUGGUGCUCUUUUGGCAGCAGUUUAAGAGUAACUUUAAAGACAGAGUUUGAGGAAUGUAGACAAAGAAAGGUCCUCACAUGUGUGUGCAUGUGUAUGUAUGUGUGAUAUAGCAUGUACGGCUGUUUGCCUCCCUUCCUUUUAUGUGCACAGAAUCUAUGGCAACCCGUCACUGUGGCCUUCCUGUUUUUGAUUCCAAAUCUUUAUUUCUUUUUUUUUCUUUCUGUCUUUCGUAUGACAAAGAGAAAACUGCUACAACUGAGGCUACAAGUUGUUUUCUUGACUUGGUCCUUUCUCUCCAGGAUAGUGAUAAAUAUAUAUACUUUUAUAUUUCAGUGUAAUAAAGAUGCUAUUAUGUA